GUGUUUCUGUUUAUACCGGUGUACUUGGGUUGUGGUUUGUGUAUUGUGUAAUUGUUAAGAAGGAUAAGAAACGAAGAACUCGGGGAGAAAUCUUUGUUUUAAAAUCAUGGUAUGAAGCGUAGAAUGGAGGCGAAGUCAUGGGUUGUAGAUCUCAGGGUUUCAAUAGCAAGUACACAGACAGGCAGAUGUUUGUGAAUUCGGCUAGAGACAAGCUCAUACGGACAGUAUCCGCUAUGGAUGACCUUGGAGGUCUGUUUGUAGCUCGAAGCUGACUGGUAAUUCGAUACACCUGGCUGUUAGUCAGAUGGCUGCACCGAUCAUGAUUUAAAUGUUACCCACAUCUCAAAAUUCGGUUCGUGACAUCUGGAGGAUGAAACAUACAGCGGUCAACACAUCUUAAACGAGACUGUCUGAUGGAUGUUUUAACGUGGACUUAUCCGCACGCGCGUCAUCCGAAAUCUAUUUUUGUGGUUCUUGAAUUCAGCGUUCACGAAUGCGUGUUUCAGCCAGAAUAGUUUUUUUUUGAUCAUCAGUAUGGGAGAAGCAGACAAGAAAGGUCGAAAACUGGUGGCACCAGAUGGCGGGUGGGGAUGGGUGGCUGUUAUCGGUGUCAUGUUGGUUAAUCUCUCUACCCGUUCUAUUGAGCCGUCGUUUGGGCUGCUGUUUGGAGAUAAACUUCGAGACAUGGGUGUGACAACUAUGGGAGCGUCCGCCAUCAUGAGUACUCUAGACGCAACUAUCAACUUCUCUGGUUUAUUUGUGGGCCCACUCAUCCGGAAGUAUUCAUACCGCAAAGUGGCUCUACUUGGGUCUGUAUUGAGUGCCCUGGGAUUAAUAACAACUUUCCCUGCAGAUAGCAUGACGCACAUACUUUCGACGUACAGUAUUAUGGGAGGUUUGGGAGUUGGUUUCGCAUGGUCGUCUACUUUCGUAGCGCUGAAUCAUUACUUCAGCAAGAAACGCGGCCAGGCCAUCGGCAUGUCCAUGGUUGGUACUGCGCUGGGUAUGAUGGCAAUGCCGCAAGCCGUGCAGCUGUUGCUAGAAGCGUACAACUUCCAUGGAUCCGUGCUCAUCCUCGGAGGUUUUGCUCUCCAUUCCCUUGUCGGUUCCAUGCUCUUGCAGCCUGUGAAGUGGCAUCUUCGGCCGGAGGAACCAAAGAAGACCGAGGAAAAUGAGCAGCUGGAAAAUAAAGUUGGAAAACAGGAAAAUGAAUCUGAGGCACAGUCCCCACUGCUAGAGAAACCUAAGAUUGCGGUCACUACGGCCUCUGCGCACGAUGAUAUAGAGAAACAGGAGCCUAUUGCCACAAAACGCUCUCAACAGAUGCUCCGCAUCGUAUCCACCGGAAGUAUGUCAGCUCACAAGCGCAAGGUUUCAGUCAUAUCCAAUAUCUCCAGCAUGGACUUUACCGGCAGCACUUGUCAUGUUCAUACGCAUGUGGAAAGUGACGACGAAGACGGCCAUCACGGCGGUAUCUUUAUGAAGAAUCUUCGAAAGAAGAAGAGAACAUCCGCGGGCAAAGACGUCAAAAAGAACUCGACGUCGGAAAAGGACGUCAAAAGGCAAUCGGAGGUGUCGACACCACCCAGUCACAAUUCGUACUGGAAACGUGUCGUACAUUUUAUGGACCUGGACUUACUGAAAGAUCUGAUCUACCUCAAUAUUCUGUUUGGCCUCUCAAUAUUUUAUGUCGCGGAAUUGAAUUUUAAGAUGAUAGUUCCUUUCUUUUUACAUGAUUUGGGAUAUACAAAACAAGAUACAGCUUUUUUCCUGUCCAUGACUGCUGUGUCGGACAUCUUGGCACGUGCCGUGCUGCCACCUAUAUGUGAUAGAGUGAAGAUAAGGAGGAGGACACUUUUUGCAAUAGCCUCCAUCUUUCUGGGCAUCUCCCGAUCAGUGCUUGCGGAGCAGACUGAAUAUACGGCGCUGAUGGUAACGCUAGUGAUAAGUGGAUUCUUCAGGGGUGCUACAUUAAUCAACUUUAUGCUCACUAUAUCUGAACACUGCAGCCUGGAAAAGUUGCCUGCAGCAUUUGGACUCCACAUGGUAGCGAAGGGUUUGUUUAUUGUGGCACUGGGCCCCAUCAUAGGUGUAAUCCGAGAUAUAUCCGGAAGCUUCCCGCUGUGUAUCCACUCUCAAACGCUGCUGAUCUUCAUAUGUCUAGUAGCAUGGAGUAUAGAGUAUGUCGUCACGAGAACAUCUUCCAGUACCAAUCAAGAUAAUACGGAUAAUACAGACAAUACGUAACGUGUCAUUAUAUGCAAGUCUCAUAUCAGACGCAAUUUACAAGGAUGGUAGCAUUGCUGAGAAGGAUCUCCUAUAUUUAUUUGGUUAAGUAUAAGAAUCGCGCCUUAGAUUCGUCGCUGCAGCGAGAAUAUUCUGAGGUGGCCCUUGAAUUUCAGAAAUAAUAUUCUGUGCCGUUAUGGGUGGUAAAGCGACACCUAGGUUAAUGUUUCUUUGAUUUAACUGCGGUCGCGUAGAGCACGGCAGGUGAAACGUGUACAAAUCCACACAGUGUGUAACUUAAGAGGUGCGGCCAAAUAUUGAAGGUGCGUUCUACACCUGGAAAAGCGUCCUUUCCAAUUUACAGCCCCAUUUUCUUUGAGCAUAAAUUAAGCUGUAAUAAAAAUAAUUUAUAGAAUUUGAGAAAGUUUUAAUAUUUGUCUUCCGCUAAACUCAUGCAUUGCUUCUCGUAAUACCAACUCGUGCAGUUGUGUUUCUCGGAAGUCUGAGGUUAUAUUUAUUUAAUUAUUAAUUAUUAUAAUAAUUAUGAUAAAAUUUAAAAUUGUGUUGUGAAUUGUUAAUCAUUUCAGUAAAUACCCUGAUGAAUGGUUGGCAAUAUUUUUAUAUCAGGAAAAUUCCAUACGACCUUGAUUUGAAGAUGCCAUUCAUUUAAUGUGCACCCUUUUAUUAGGGAUAAGCUCUCAGGAAUUGAGACGUUAUAUUGAUUCUUAGAUGCCAUGAUGUGGAAGACGCAUGGCAAUUUUAGAAAAUGUAGAAUGUGAAAAAAUUUCCUAAAAUCAAAGAAAUAUGGUAUCUUGAGUAUGGAAGAACGUUAUGAUCGUCAGACUGGCUGAAUAAUGAGUAGGUUAAAUUAAUUAUGGUCCAAAGAUUUUAAAGUAUAUUUUUCAUUACAUGAGUCAUGGCUGUCGAAUAUGCAGAUACGAAAGGGUUAUAUUUAUAUAUUAAAAUACUUACAAAUUCCUAGAGUGUCAGAGCAUAUAGCAGAGUAAAUCUAAUGACGGUAAAAGAUUUGUUAAAAUAUAGUCCAACAUUGGAGAGAUUAAUUUAAAAUUACCGUAACGUCAUAGUUUCUGUUCUUUAUCAUCUGAUUUCUAUGUCGAUACAUCUCUAAGGCGUCAAACAAUGUGAGAGGUGUAACUCAUCGCUACUGUUUUAUCAUUUUUAUAAAUAAAUUUAAUUUAUUUUUCUCUA